AUGGCGGGAUGCACGCUGAUGGCCGGCGUGAUGCUGCUGUACCUGACCGCGGUCGUGCGCCAGAACGCCGCUAGCGAAGACGACGGCACCGCCGAAAAAGUUUCGUACUUCGUGAAAUCAUAUAAAUGUAUCAACAAUACAUGCAUCUUCAGCAAACUACCAUCAGUGGAAAAAGAGAACAGCGGGCUCGAUGGAUCUAUAGACGUUUGCCGUUUAACCUGUGGACGCUAUGGAUCGCUUUGGCCGAAGCCAACAGUCAAUACAACUAUAGGAAAAUCUGUAAUCGAAUUUGGUCUCGAUAAUAUUCAAUUUGAUACAUCGUUGAUGGCUGACCAAUUGAGUAAAGAAUACAUGUCUGAAGCUACUCAAGUUUUUGUAUCGUCCAUAAAAAAACUUUGCGUCCCAAGUUGUGUUUCUUAUGCAACUACUCCAAUUAUAUCUAUAACUACAAGUACACCAUUUGAUUAUAUCAAAUUGACAACAAACGAAAGUUAUAGCUUGAAAACAAACACCGAGGGAGAUCGGAUAGUCAUUAAUAUCAAAGCAAAGACCGUUUACGGAGCGAGAAAUGGAUUAGAAACUUUACGACAACUUGUUGCUGCGUAUGGUUCGAGUUUGUCUGAAAAAAAAUUGGUGAUCGCUGGCAAUGUUCAAAUAAGUGAUCAACCUAUGUAUGCUUACCGUGGUUUUAUGUUGGAUACCGCUAGACAUUAUUUCCCAAUGGCAACUAUUAAACGACAUAUCGAUGCUAUGGCUCAUUCCAAACUAAAUGUAUUUCAUUGGCACGCCACUGAUUCCCAUAGUUUCCCGUUGGAUUUACCUAGCGCACCAUUAAUGUCGAAAUAUGGUGCCUAUAGCCCCGACGAAAUAUAUUCAUUCAAGGAAAUUAAGGAUCUUCUCAGAUAUGCAUUAGUCAGAGGAGUAAGAAUUAUUAUUGAGAUCGAUUCUCCAGCCCACGCUGGUAACGGUUGGCAAUGGGGUAAAGCAUUAGGUUACGGCGACAUGGCUGUUUGUGUGGACAAAGGCCCUUGGAGAAAAUACUGUGUACAGCCGCCUUGUGGACAGCUCAAUCCAAUCAAUACUAACACGUAUAAAUGGUUGGGAAAAAUUUAUAAGGACUUGAUCAAUGUACUACCAAAGGGAGAAGCAUUCCACAUGGGUGGUGAUGAGGUUGCUCUAAAUUGCUGGAAUACUACCACUGAGAUCACUAAUUGGAUGAAAACCAACAACCGAAGCUUAGACGAAGAAGGUUAUUUGGACUUGUGGUCUCAAUUCCAUUCUAAUUCGUUAAGCGAAUAUGAUAAAGAAGCUGGUGACGUUAAUUCCGAUAUAAUAGUUUGGUCUAGUGGUUUGACUGAACCCGAGAUCAUAGAAAAGUAUCUUGACAAAAAAAGAUAUACUGUUGAAGCUUGGGAAGGAUCAAAUAUUCCAGUUGAACUCGUUAAAUUAGGCUAUAAGGUUAUAAUCGCCUUAAAGGAUGUUUAUUAUCUGGAUCAUGGUUUUUGGACUUCAACUAAUUAUCAUACUUGGAAACAGAUUUACAACAACAAAAUGCCGAAAGUUGAUAAUCCAAAUCUUGUAUUAGGCGCAGAAACAUGCAUGUGGUCUGAAUAUGUCGAUGAUAAUGCUGUUGAUUCUAAAGUAUGGCCAAGAGCUGCGGCUUUAGCUGAACGACUGUGGUCAAACCCAACAACAAAUGCUCCGUCUGCUGAAUACAGAUUUUUACAACAUCGUGAAAGACUGGUAACACUCGGUCUUAAAGCAGAUACAGUGACGCCAGAAUGGUGUUACCUCCACGACGGGAAGUGUAUUUUAGAGCAUUAA